AUGGGGACUUAUUUGGAUAAGCCCGAAACUGACAAGCAAAAUGAGGGGGGCACUGGUAAUGGGUUAAGAUAUGGGGUUUCAUCCAUGCAAGGAUGGAGACCAGAAAUGGAAGAUGCACACACUGCGAUAGUUAGUCUUCCAGGAGCCGAUUUUUUAAAAGACUGGUCAUUUUUUGCUGUUUUUGAUGGCCAUUAUGGUGCAAAGGUAUCAGAGUAUUGUUCGGAACAUUUAUUAGAAUAUAUACUACAAGCAGAAGAAUUUCAAAGAUCUGAAUUUGUGUCUGGAAUACGGUCAGGAUUUCUUUCUUUAGAUAGUAGUAUGAGAUUGUUACCAAAAAUAGCAAGUGGAGAAGAUAAAUCUGGGUCGACAGCAGUAUGUGCUUUAAUAUCACCUGAAAAGAUUUACAUAGCAAACUGUGGAGAUUCAAGAGUUAUACUUUGUCGAAGUGGUGAACCAGAAUUUUCAUCAGAGGAUCACAAACCAUACAUACCGAAUGAGAGAGAUCGAAUACAAAAAGCUGGAGGAUCUGUUAUGUUUCAACGUAUAAACGGUUCUUUGGCUGUAUCCAGAGCGCUUGGGGAUUUCGAAUUCAAGAACGUUGAAAAUAAAGGACCCUGUGAGCAACUUGUAUCUCCAGAACCUGAAAUAUAUGUUUUGGAUAGGUAUGAAGAAAGGGAUGAAUUUCUUGUUCUCGCUUGUGAUGGGAUAUGGGACGUAAUGGGCAAUAGAGGGGUCUGUAGUUUUAUAAGAUCUCGACUUCUUAUUUCGGAUGACCUCCAACACAUUUGUAAUCAAGUUGUAAAUACAUGCUUGAGAAAAGGAAGUCGAGAUAACAUGAGCAUCGUUUUAGUAACAUUUUCAGGAGCACCGAAAGUAUCAGAAGAAGCAGUACAAAAAGAGAGAGAGUUGGAAAUUUUACUCGAGGAAAAAGUUAAAAAUCUUGUCAACAGCCAACACUUGCAAAGUUUCAGAGCCGUAUUAAAUGCAAUUAAAGAUGAAUCUAUUCCAGACUUGCCUCCAGGAGGUGGUUUGGAUUCAAAGUAA